UAUAACUGAUUCACUUUGCGCUACAUCUGAAACUAACAUGACAUUGUACAUCAACUAUACUCCAAUAAAAAUUUUUUAAAAAUAAUAUCUCUACAUGGUAGUUCUUAAUAGAAUUUUAUUAUGAGGACAUUUAUCCCUCUAGAAAUUGUAAGAACUCAGAGCUAUGUUAUUUAUAUAACAAACCCUGCUUUUAUCGGUAAAGGUAGUCCUAGUAUUAGUAAUAGCAGAUGCUUUAAUGAAUAGUAGUUCUGUGCCAGAGAAGUGCUAGAUGCUUUUCAUGUCUUAGUGAAUUGCUCACAGCUAAGCCCUCUGUGGUAGCAGGAGCCCAGGUCCACAGAGAUGUGACAGCCUGCCUGAGUUUGUACCUGGUAAGUCAGAUUGGGGAUUUGAGCCUAGACAGUAACCCCAAAGCCUGGGCUGUGUCCUCCGAAGAUGGGAGCUGCUCUGGGAAGGCACCAGCUUGUUGUUUUCAGUGGACUUAGGAGCCUUGGAAGGGACCCCUAGCAAGGGAGGAAGGCCCUCCUGUCCAGCCAGCCACGUCUGUCAGGGUGUCCUCACAUCCUCCCCUCAGUACUGGUCUCCACACCUUGUUUAUGUUUAUAACAUCAGCAAUUUAUGAGACAUCAUUUGUAUUAACUCCUUUUUUUAAAAUUUUUAUUGGAGUAUAGUUGUGUAUUAACCCCUGAAAUCGUAAAUUGCCCUCCAGACAAAUAAGGCUCCCUUGGGUAGCUCUUAAAGCGCCCCAUCUUUGAUAAAGAAAAGAAAAUUCUUUUCAAGUGCAGUUUAGAAACUAGGUGUGUCCUUUGGAAGGAAAGCCUUGAGCAACCUACGGUUGAACAGCACCUGCGGCCAAGUCUAGGACUGACCAGUUACUGUGUUUUAGCCAAGAAGCCAGCUACCACCAUAAACCAAACCAAGAAGUUACUGUAGGGGAUAUUUGACGUGUUUUUUAGAAUGGAUUGUCCACGUUGGCUCUCCACCUUGCUAUGAAUUAAACCACUCCUUGGUUUGGGCUGAGUAGAGCUGAUGUUGUGUUUUGGUUUGGUUUUGGUUUUGUUUUUUUUGGCCACACCCCGAGGCUUGCGGGAUCUUAGGUCCCCGGCCAGGGCUCAAACCCAGGCCCCAGCAGUGAUAGUGCCGGGUCCUAACCACUGGACCGCCAGGGAAUUCCCUGAGUUGACAUUGUUGAUAAUAAUAGAUACCUGUAUUUUGGUCACUUUCAGCUUCUGACACACUCAACAGUCAGCACCUCACAGUGAAACAAGAGUAUCUAAAAGUCAGGUUGUGCCAUAAAUAUUCUUUUUAUUAGAAAGGCUAACUUAAAUGGAAUUGCUGGGAGAUCUGUAGAUAAGGUUGUUGGUGUGUGUACCAUGUGCGAGGCACUGUGUUAGGUGUUGCGAAAGAAAAAACACAGAUGCGGCUCGGCCUCUGAGACCAAAGGUGUUGAUGAGUUCGUUGCUGGCUGGAAUUUAAGUGGCUAUGUAGGCCACUGGGCCCAGAUCAACAACACACUGCUCAGCUUUCCCACAGAGGGGGCCGGAGAGGUGCCUUUGUUGUGCACCCUCGUGAAGGACAGGACCCCUUGAAUACUGCAUGUCAGGUAAAGGGUGUGGUGACUUUUUCAACCCUGAGAGCAACUUUACUUCAUUUGACACUUGCUAGGUUAGGUGGUCUUAAGAGGUAACACAGGGAUUCCUGUUACUUCCUCCAGCUUUUUGUGGGAGUGUGGGUAUUGUCUCCAUCUGGUGGAAAUCCAGUUUUAACUAGUUCUUUUUCAUUGUUCGCUCUAAAGUGGACAGACAGUAGGAAAAUGACAUCACUGCCAUUGGCCCUCAAAGUGGCCCUUGAGUUUAGCUUUGAAAGAGUAACCAGCUGAAGGCUCCGAAGGUCUUAGUGAUACGGGUUUACAGAGCAAGGGUCUUUGCCUGAUUCCAGUUGCUUCAGAUGAACCAGCUGGACAGGAGGAACGUUUGUUUGCUCCUACUAUGAUCAGGGUACCAUUGCUGGUAGUUUUUAUGAGGUUUGGGGGAAGAGUGAGAACAAAUGCACACAGUCCUAAAAGAGGUAGACUGUGCCGUUGGGGUAUUUGUUUUUAGCUGGUCAGACAGCAGGUUAGUCUGUUGUACUGCAAUGCUAUUAUUCUGAGGGAUCUCACACUGUGCCCCCAGAAGCCGAGCGGUUGGAGAAAUGAAUGUGUCUUUGGUCAUUGUAGGACAGUCCCGGGAGCCGAGUCUGGGACACUUAGCUGUGGUGAGAUGCCCGCUUUGUUGGAGUGGGGUUAGAAGAGUCUCACUUUAAAGAGAAACCUGAUGAAAUUGAUAGGUUGAGGUUGAUAUGGGUUCCGCAGCAUUCCAGACCUCAAGCACUGGUUCAGGAUGGGAAAAAGACGCUGCGUCCCCCCACUGGAGCCCAAGCUGGCAGCAGGCUGUUGUGGGGUUAAGAAGCCUAAGCUGUCUGCAGGUGGGACGCACGGUCACGGGAGCCAGUCCACAGCCGUCCCCGGCUCCAGCGCGGGGCCUCUUCAGAACCACCAGCAUGUGGACGGCGGCGGUGGUCGCGAGAACGUGUCGGACUUAACUCUGGGACCUGGAAACCCUCCCAUUACACGGAUGAACCCCGCAUCGGGAGCGCUGAGCCCUCUCCCCAGGCCCAAUGGAACUGCCAGCACCACCAAGAAUCUGGUGGUGACCGCAGAGAUGUGCUGCUACUGCUUCGACGUCCUCUACUGUCACCUCUACGGCUUCCCACAGCCACGCCUUCCUAGAUUCACCAAUGACCCCUAUCCGCUCUUUGUGACGUGGAAGACGGGGCGGGACAAGCGGCUUCGUGGCUGCAUUGGGACCUUCUCAGCCAUGAAUCUUCAUUCAGGACUCAGGGAAUACACGCUAACCAGUGCACUUAAGGACAGCCGAUUCCCCCCCCUGACCCGAGAGGAGCUGCCUAAGCUUUUCUGCUCUGUCUCCCUCCUUACUAACUUUGAGGAUGCCGGUGAUUACCUGGACUGGGAGGUUGGGGUCCAUGGGAUUCGAAUUGAAUUCGUCAAUGAAAAAGGCGUCAAACGUACAGCCACAUAUUUACCUGAGGUUGCAAAGGAACAAGACUGGGAUCAGAUCCAGACGAUAGACUCCUUGCUCAGGAAAGGUGGCUUUAAGGCUCCCAUUACCAGUGAAUUCAGAAAAACCAUCAAACUCACCAGGUACCGAAGUGAGAAGGUGACAAUCAGUUAUGCAGAAUAUAUUGCUUCUCGACAGCACUGUUUCCAGAAUGGCGCUCUUCAUGCCCCGCCCCUCUACAAUCAUUACUCCUGACACACGGCUGCAUGACCAGUCCCACCCCCCCGUGGCCACCAAUGGCUAUGACAUCAUUGGAGCAGAUGCCUCCUCUUCCUGGUCCAGUUACUUUUAUUACUGCACCAUUUUAUGAUGCUAGCUUCCGUUGCCAAGUCUGCCUCCAGCUGACUGAGGGGGGCGGGGUUACAUCGAAUGAAACAGAACUUGAGGGGCCCAAGCCUUAUCUCAGCCUUUCCUCAGUAUGGGGUUCCGUUGGAUUGGGGCUCCUCCAUGACUAGUGAGAAUUCCGUGUGGGUUCAGAAGACCUUGGCUGCAGGUGCCGCUGGUGAUUCGCUACCUGUGUGUUGGCCACUCAGUGGAAGCUGGAAUUGAUGGUCCGUGAAGGCUUAGCCCACACACACCCCUGCAGCCUCCCCAGGUCGAGUAGGUGUAUUCCCCUGGCAGUCUGGGCAACGGAGACCAACAAGAAACGUUUUUAGGUUGUUUUAAAUUCCUUUUUUUAAACUUCCAGUGUAUAGCAUACCACGAGUUGAUCUCAACCUCCAUGCUUCGUAAGUGGACGCCAUGUUAGGGUCGAACGUGGGCACCAUGAGUCGUUUGCGGCUCCUGGACAGAGACCCACCUCAAGAUCGGAAGCCCUUUGGAUGGCGUUGCAGAUCUCAUUGCUCAGUUAGCCUCAAAGGUUUUAAUUCUCAUCCCACUAUCAGUUGGAUUUUCUGGCACUCUUCCUGCAUUGAGUCUCCUGGUAUCGAACAGAGCGCUGUGGUGUAGCCUGCAGAGGAAUGGACUGGGAUGCCCGCGGGAGGUCCUGACGGCAUCGCUGCAUGCAGUGUCGAGGGAGAGACCUCUUCCUUACCACCCGGCUACCUCACUCCUCUACUGGUGGCAGUGCCUAUAGCUGGAUCUAGGUUCUCAGAGGGCAGAGGUGUUCAGACAAGCACUUGGGUCGGGCUCUAGAAGGGCACGUCGGCAUAGGAGAGAAUCCAGGGUCUCUAAGCUGUUUUUCUGUUCCGGCAAACAUCCUGAGAGACCUUUAAGCAGAGGAGUUCCUUUUUCUAGUUUGCCUGUAGAAGUGGGAAAACUGUUGCUGUUACAGUCCUUACAGGACUUUAGAACAAAGCUGUGUCAUUAAACAAGGUGAAUCUUUAUCUUGCCUAACAUGCCGGGAAUCUUUACCCCACCAUGGCAGAGUUCCAAAUAGCUCAUUUUAUUCUAGGUCAUUCAUCCUUUCGUGUGGCAUAUUUCCCUUUCUCGUUGUUGCUGAUUCCAAAUACCUGUCAGCAAGUUUCUCCUCCCUCUUGCCUAUUCUUCACUCAUAUGGUGGCAAAGUUCAUAGAAGCUGGGGACUUGGAAGACGCUUUGAAAACAUGGUCACAGAGGCACUGCUGAAAUGAUUCACAGGAAGAGGUGGCCACUUGGAAGAAAGGACCCUACGGGUGAUACACUGGUUUUCAACAACGUGUUUAGAGAACUCUCGACGCGGAUUGGGUGUCAACCCAGUGAACACAAUGUUUUGAUUUAAUUUAUUUUUAAUGUUUAUGUGGUAGUGGUGUGGCUUUCCGAAAAUGGGCAGAUGUUCAAGUCAAAGGGUCUUUGGGGUUUGCUUCUGCCAGGAACGGGGGAAGGGGAGCAGAGGCACAAUCUGAGGAAUGACACACGUGCCAUUCUAGGCAUAGUUGUCUCGUUCCUUGAAGAGAUGGGUAAGGGUGAGCAGGUGAGCUCGGCACAGUCCUCUGCUGUUGGCGAGGGUGUGGAACGGGCAAGGGAAGCGCCGGCUGACGUCUGGAUGCGCGGGCUGGGCUCCUGCACGCCGCCGCCUUUCCCUCGCGGUGUUCGUGAAAACAGGCUCCCAAAGAGGAAGGGGUUGUUUCGUGAUUUCCUGCUGCUGAGAAUAAUAAAUGUCUUGUUGCAAAUAAAUGUGACGGCAGUUACUCUUAGGUGCCAUGGAUCGAUGUCAGGGUGGUCAGCAGCUCUGGACUAAACCGCCCACCUCCAACUUGUACAACAGUAUUGAUACAUAGGGCUACACUCAUUCCUGUUCAAGUCUUCUAUGUUGAAAGUUGUGUUUAAUUUCUAAAGUUUAAAAAAAGCAAAAAAAAUGGUGCUAAACUUUCACCCCUGAGCACGCUCAGUGAGACUGGUCAUGCAAGCAUUUUCAGUGCCAUGCUCUUUCAAGCCUAUUUUUUCUCGUAGAAAUGUUGCCCUAUUUGUCUUCCCCAACGUAUAGUAUGUUUUUUUAUUUUAUUGAGGGUGGGGUAGGAUACCUGCCAUUUAAGAAAAUGAACAGAAGAUUUUAAAACCCAGGAAAUGGGGGGGAAAAAUAGCAGUGCACAAGAAUCGGGCUCCUGAAGCCCAGCACCACACUGACGAGGGCUCCGUGGGCUCUCUCCACUUUCUGGAGUGAAGAAGCCUGACUCCCUGCACAUUCCCUCACGCCCCCAUCCAAGCCCAGCAGUGGAGAUACUCGAGGUCCUCUUGCCUUGGCGAGGGGACUCAGGAGUCGACCGAGGAGAACUGUUUGGCCCCGUGAGGAAUGGCACUGUCAGUGUCUGUCCCGAAUGGAGCCUAGUCAGGAAGUGGUCUGGAAGUAUACGGUCAAGGUCACCUCCUGAAGGUGUAUGGCAGGUGGCUCUCAGGAAAAAUACUAAGUCUGGAUCAUCCACGUGGCAGCUUUGCGUAGGGAGAUGACAGCUCCGAACUGGAACUGACCUGCCUUCCACGUGCUUGACCACAGCAGUGAUGAGGGCGGCCAGUCCACGUAGUGGGAGUGGUGGGUUUGAAGAGAAGGGAAGGUUUUUCUGCUCGGUGUUUCCUUUGUCCUUGGGCUGCUCAAGCUGAACAGUAACCACUGUUUUCAAGGAACCAGCUCCACCUUGGCUGGUUUGGUUCGGAGUUCGUUUCAUCCCUAGCUGUGAGUGCCUUUUGGUCUGGAAGGUUGGCUUGUCUCAUAAUACCCACAGCUAGGACAUUCUCUGUAAUUUCGAAUUGUCCUUGUUCUCCAUUAACUAAAAGAGAAUGUCUGAUCACUAGAGUUCGUCGGUGUUGGAUUGUUUCCACUGUGAGGUUCUUAAACUUUUUCGCUUCAUGAUAUUAAAAAGCAACUCAUGUUAGAGACCCUUUCAACGUGAAAGGUUUGUAGUUGAGACAUUACAUAUAUUUUAUUGUUUAUAAUAAAUAUCAUCUGUACAAAAGUCCUGGGUGUUAAUUUUAAUAUUUGCACAAGAUCUGUUUUCCAUGAUAUGUUAACACCUACAAUUUCACUAACUGUUGAUGUUAUUUUCUAUUGAGAUUCUGGAGCCUAGGGAGCUAUUUGUUCUUUUUGUUUAUUUUCAUUCUUAUUUCCCUGAAGCAAGAGACUUUGUAUGGCCUUCAGUGCAAAGACUUUAGACCAAUUCUUUGUAUUACACUUGGUUGCCUCUUGGCUAUAUAACUUCUGAGUGCAAAUCAUUGAACUCUUUAACAAAGUAUUGUAGAGAAUAAAUCAUAAUGGGUAAAAAUUG